ACAUGUUUAUUUCUCUCCAGUAGCUUGAGUGUGACGUCUCAUCUGUUGGCCGCCUCUCAGAUAUGUGCUGUGUGUGCUGGUGAGGUUCAGAGAUCAGAUAUCCGUGCAGCUGAGGAGCGGGGAACGGCGCACCAAAAACAUGAAAGACAGGAGAGAAAGUUUUCCCGCGUGGAAACUUUUGCUGGUGGGGAUGUCUGUGCUGCUGCUUCUGGGCUGUGCAGGUUUGGUUCUGCUGUGGGUUCAGCACAAGGAGCUGGCAGAGGAGCUGGUCAGGCUGGAGUCCCAGAUGCAGGAGUUGGCACAGUGCUGCAGGCGGCAAGCAGAACUGCUGCCAGAUGAACUCGGAGAGACUGGAGAGUUGAGGAAACUCCGGCGCAGCAGACGGAACCAGGAGGGAGAGCAGGACAAGAUGAUGCUGGUCACAUACUCUGUGGUUCCUAUCAAAGCCUACCUAGAUCUGUGCAACAGCUCCAGAGGAUUUUGUUUAAUUGGUCCACCUGGACCCCCAGGUGUGCCAGGCCCACCAGGACCGACGGGUGCGCCGGGCCCACAUGGCAGACGAGGACGACCAGGUCCUCCUGGUCCUCCCUGUCCUGCUUGUUGUCCAACUGAAGCAAAAAGUAGGAAUCACAGAAAUAAAUCAAAAGAUCGAGUUACGUCACAUCUAGGCGAUGAAACCAGAGACGUUCUGAAUGUUACUGGACCUGUGAAGCUUCAGGACACAAAACACGAAUCUGUACCUUUUCAAACAGAGGUUAUUGUUUCACUGAACGAUACCAGAACCAAAAAUGUCACACAGACACCAAUUACACCAGUGUUUCUAGCUGUUGACUCCGGUGGAAACAUCGAUCCUUCAACUGGAGGCUCAGAUGUCACUGAUAGCACAGCAACAAGUGAGUUAGUAUCGCCUCGUCCAGACUAUUUACCUGCGCACUGGAUGAACGCCAGCUCAGAAAUCAGAAGAGAAACGUUAAAACAUUUGACAACAGUACAGCCAACACGAGAUUCAGCUAAUGUCACCACAGACGCUUUUAUAGUUUCCAGCUCAUAUGAACAUCCAGAUGAAAAGAUACAACCUGAGCCAGAGCCAUCUGAUGAAGGUGAAAUGGUGACUGUAGAGAAUUCAGGGAGACCAAUAAAAUUAUUACACGGUCCAGUUGAUACCUUCAAUGAUAGCAGAGGACGGGUCAUCACUGACACAAGCUUCAAAAGUGGAUCGAGUGAAACUAACCAAAGCAGCAAAACCUUCACUUCCGACCCAGUCACGAAUGAAACUAGAGUAAAAAAUGCUUCACCUUCUGCUGAUGACAGUCAGAGAAGAAACUCUUUGAACAGCAGCAGAAACAUUGUAGACAAACCAAUGAAAAGUGAGUCUUCCCAACGUGUCCCAACCUACAAGAAGAGCAAUGGAACUGACAAUGAAAAAAUGACAAAAAAAGGUUGCAACAUUAAAGCCAUCAAAUGUUCAGAUAAGUCUAUUAACAUGCAACUCACCUUCGGAGCCUGGAUGUCGGAUGCAUCCCGGCCUGAUGAUCGGAUCUGGGUGGCAGAACAUUUUUCAGGUCGUGAAUUGAAGCAGUUGAAGAACAUUUCGGACACCAAGCAGAAAUUUAUAGAUAUUGAGAAGUACUACCAAGGCUGUGGUCAUGUUGUUUAUAAGAAUUCAUUUUACUUCCACAAUGGAGGAACAAAUAAUCUUUUGAAGUUUACCUUGAACACAAAGAAUACAAGCUCCCUGGAAAUGCCAAACAGCAAAUAUAAGGGCCUGAGAUAUCUUUUCCACAACUCGAAGACUUAUUUCAAGUUUGCCGUGGAUGAAAACGGACUGUGGGUCAUCUUUGCCUCGUAUACAGACAGUAACACGAUGGUGGCAAAACUUGACCCAGAUGCUUUCUUUGUGCUGUCCAUAAUUAACACUGGCUAUCCUUCAGCAAAAGCAGGAAAUGCCUUCAUUGUGUGCGGGGUGGUGUAUUUUACCGAUAACAAUGACAAGCGUGUGACAUAUGCCUUUGAUUUGAUGACACAGAGUUAUCUGGAUGCAAGUUUUGAUUUAAGGGCAGGAGACGGUACCUUAGCUAUGCUGUCCUAUUAUCCCAACAAAAGACUGUUGUACAUGUGGGACAACAAAAGCGCGAGAACAUGUAAGAUUAAAUUCAAGAACACCUAAAAAAGUCUUACAAGUUCCCUAUUUUUAUAAAAGUGCUUUAAAAAUAAAAUCUUAAUUUUUUUUUCUGUUUUGCAACUGUUGAAGUAUUGAGCUUUUUGCUGACAUUAGCUCACUGAUGGCGACAUCUCAUUCUCCUUGGAUUACAAAGCACGGCCAGAUACUCACAGAGAUGUCACAACAAGGUGUGUUGAAACUGAAAGAGUUCUUAAGCAUAAACAAGAUCAAAUUAUAAUUUGAGAAGUAUUUAAAACAAAAAUACAUUAAAAGCACAAAUCAGAACAAAAAUGGAGAUUAGAUUUAUAGAAGAAUAGAGAAUAAAUACAUGUUUGUAACCAUCACAUUUCUCUCCCAAAAAAAGUUACUCAAGAAAAUGUAACUGAGUAUAUACAAUUUACUGUUUUUCUCUGAAUUCAGACCAAAAUGUUUAAACUUCAGUUUUCAGCAGCGAGAUUCUUUUUGUGCUACUUCUAUAAGGACCUGAUUUCUGGAGCACAUAAAUAUAAAAUAAAAUAAAAAAUAAAACUGUG